GCAAUAGAGAAGAUUGGAAGCUGUAUGAUGCAGAAAUGCUCCCUGAAGAACCUGGUUUGGGCUGCCAUAAUUGCAAUGCAGAUGUUAAAUGUCCUCAGAGCUCUGUUUAUCAGAAUGACAUUUAUCAGAUGUCAUUGUCUUGUGAAAAUUGCGUAGUUCCAUUUAAAAGUCAUUUAAUAGAAAGUGUGGUUAUAGAGCCAUCCAGGAACCUUCUAUGUGAAGGUACAUCACUCUGUAAUCAAAAUGUCCCUGAUUGGAAGCCAGACUCUGCUGAUGACAGUAAUGUGGCGUUUAACGUAAAACAGUUUGGUAGAGCAGUUCUUGACUUCAAAACUGCCUUGCGGGGAGCCUUGAAGAAGAUGGAUGGAACUAGUGAUACUUUGCCUGGUGAAAGGGUUGAAGUCCAUACAACAAUUUCCCCUUGUGAGGAAGAACAAGGAAUGGUAAAUCUUGUAAAUACUGAGACACCAAAAUUAGAGAUGCCUCACAUGGAGACUACACAAAUAGAAAAAAACUAUUCUGAGCGGCCUCAAGCCAUCAGUACUGAGAAAGGUUUCGUAGAGAUACCUCAAUGCAUCUCCACCAAAGCAAAUCCUGACUCACCUCCUCACCAGCAUAAUAUUGAAGAUUCAGAACAUCCAAAAUCUCCAGGGUUGGAUUCAUCCACAAGUAACGCAUCAGAUGCUACACCUGGACAUCCAACCAAUGCCCAUUUACCACAGUGUUUCUCUACAGACAUUAUCCCAGACUCUUUUUCCCCCGAGGAACUAGCAGUUGAAGAGGAGCGGAGAACACUAGCAGGGGGAACGCAGUCUCCUACUGAGUCCUCUACAGAAGGAGGUAGUGAAGCAGUGCUUACUCAGCGGGAAGCACGUCGUCUGAAGUGCCUCAGGAGUUUCCAGCAGAUUCUAAGGGAGAAGAGAGAGUCCAGAAGACAACUCAGUAUAGUGACCAUGUCAACAUUUUCUGAAGAUGAUUUGAACCCAGAUGGAAGCCAGGAUGAAGAUCAGAAUAUCAAUGGAGACCAUAACAAACAUCCAUGGGCCAAACCUGGGGGAGGAGGAAUAUUUGGCAUUGACAGCAUGCCUGACCUUAGGAAGAAGAAGCCUAUCCCCUUGGUUAGUGAUGUGGCCAUGUCUCUUGUGCAGUCCAGGAAAGCAGGGAUCUCGCAUGCAUUAGCUGCACGCUCUUCGCUAAAGGAUGAAGAACUGAAGAAACACGUGUACAAGAAGACACUCCAGGCUCUGAUUUACCCUAUUUCUUGCACAACACCCCAUAACUUUGAAGUGUGGACGGCCACUACACCCACCUACUGCUAUGAGUGUGAGGGUUUGUUGUGGGGCAUUGCGCGGCAGGGCAUGCGCUGUUCAGAGUGUGGGGUCAAAUGCCACGAAAAAUGCCAGGAGCUUCUCAACGCAGACUGUUUACAGCGAGCUGCUGAGAAGAGCUCCAAAACAGGAGCAGAGGACAGAACCCAGCAUAUCAUAUCGGCCAUGAAGGACCGCAUGAAGAUCCGAGAGAGGAACAGGCCUGAAAUCUUUGAGAUGAUAAGGCUUGUGUUCAGUGUGACUAAACUGAACCAUGCUCAGCAGAUGAAGGCCAUCAAGCAGACUGUUCUUGAUGGAACAUCUAAAUGGUCUGCCAAAAUCUCCAUCACCAGGUUGGUGAGUGCUCAGGGCCUGCAGGCUAAAGACAGAACUGGUUCCAGUGAUCCGUAUGUGACCGUUCAGGUUGGCAAGACUAAGAAGAGAACCAAAACUAUCUACGGUAACCUUAACCCUGUGUGGGAGGAGACGUUCAACUUUGAGUGCCACAAUUCAUCUGACCGCAUUAAACUGCGUGUAUGGGAUGAAGAUGACGAUAUAAAGUCUCGUGUGAAGCAGCGUCUGAAGAGGGAAUCUGAUGACUUUUUGGGUCAAAGCAUUAUCGAGGUCCGAACCCUCAGCGGAGAAAUGGAUGUCUGGUACAACCUUGAAAAACGCACAGACAAGUCAGCGGUAUCAGGGGCCAUCAGAUUGCAGAUAAGUGUGGAAAUUAAAGGGGAAGAGAAAGUGGCCCCUUAUCAUGUUCAGUACACUUGUUUGCACGAGAAUUUUUUUCACUUUGUGACCGACAUUGAAGGACAAGGUGUGGUGAAGUUGCCCACAGCACGAGGAGAUGAUGCCUGGAAGGUCUACUUUGAUGAGGUUGCUCAGGGUAUUGUAGACGAGUUUGCCAUUCGCUACGGUGUAGAAUCCAUCUAUCAGGCCAUGACGCAUUUUGCUUGUCUGUCCAUUAAAUUCAUGCUGCCUGGUGUCCCUGCGCUAAUGAGCACACUCCUGGCCAACAUCAACGCAUUCUACAUUUACUCUCAUCCCACCUCAGUCACCAACGUCUCCGCCUGUGACCGCUUCACUGCCUCCAACUUUGGGAAAGAUCGGUUUGUUAGACUGCUGGAUCAGCUCCAUAACUCUCUCCGUAUUGACCUGUCAACAUACAGAAAUAAUUUCCCAGCCAGCAGUAAACCACGUCUAGCAGAUCUCAAAUCCACAGUGGAUUUGCUGACUAGCAUUACAUUCUUCAGACUGAAGGUUCUGGAACUGCAGUCUCCCCCUCGUGCCGCCCAUGUUGUCAGGGACUGUGUGAAAGCAUGUCUCAAUUCCACAUAUGAAUACAUCUUUAACAACUGCCAAGAGCUGUACAACAGACAGUUCCAGCCAGCUGCGGAGCCUAAACCACGAGAAAAGAAAGAGGGACAAGAGGGUGAAGAAGAGGAAGACAAAAAGGAUAAGAAAGAGGAGGAAAAUGCUGCUGUAGAGGAGCCAGGACCAAGCAUACAGAAUUUGGACUUCUGGCCCAAACUCAUCACCUUAAUAGUUUCCAUUAUUGAGGAGGACAGGAACUCUUACAGCUCAAUCAUCAAUCAGUUUCCUCAGGAGUUGAAUGUGGGGAAGGUCAGUGCUGAGGUCAUGUGGACACUCUUUGCUCAGGACAUGAAGUAUGCACUGGAAGAGCAUGAGAAGCUGAGGUUUUGUAAAAGUGCGGACUACAUGAAUCUGCAUUUCAAAGUCAAAUGGCUCUUCAACGAAUACAUCUGUGACCUACCCCCGCCUUCUCCAAAACCGUGGUUUCUGCCCUUUGUUCUCCAGUGGCUGGCUGAGAAUGAAGAAGUGUCGAUGGAGUUACAUGGAGCCCUUGAGAGGGAUAAAAGAGAGGGGGGUAUGUUCCAGCAGACAUCUGAGCAUGCCCUGUUUUCCUGUUCAGUCGUGGACAUCUUCACUCAGCUCAACCAAAGCUUUGAGAUCAUCAAGAAAUUAGACUGUCCUGAUCCUGCAGUGGUUGCCCAGUACAACCGACGAUUUGCCAAGACUAUCACCAAAGUGCUCCUGCAGUAUUGUGCGAUUCUAACCAAGAUUUUCUCCUCUUACUGCGAGAAAGAAAAGACGCCCUGUGUUUUGAUGAACAACGUUCAACAGAUGCGUGUGUUGUUGGAGAAGAUGUUUGAGUCUAUGGGGGCCAAACAGCUUGACUCAGAGGCUGCAGAUAUCCUCAAUGACCUGCAAGGGAAGCUUAAUUCUGUUCUGGAUAACCUGAGUGGCAUGUUUGCCAAGAGUUUCCAGGCCCGUAUGAAUGCAUGUGUGCGUCAGAUGGCAGAGAUCCUGUAUCAGAUUAAAGGACCUCUAAAUCAGAACACUCGUAACACAGCAGAGGCUGAUGCAGACAACGCACUGCGGCCGCUCAUGGAGUUCCUCGACACAAACCUCAGCAUCUUUGCAGACAUAUGUGACAAGACUGUGUUGAAGCGAGUGCUAAAGGACCUCUGGAGGAAUGUUCUGAUCUGCAUGGAGAAAACAAUCGUGUUACCUCAGAGCCAGCGACAGUAUAUAGGAGUUCAGCUUCUUACUGCUGCUAAGGAACUGUCUAAACUAAAGGGAGGGGUGGAGCCAAAAAGUUUGUCACCAAGGCAAUGUGUGAUCGUGGAGGCAGCACUGGAUUCAAUCAAGCUCUUCUUCCAUGCUGGUGGGAACGGUUUAAAAAAAGCAUACCUGGAGAAGAGCCCUGAGCUGUCAUCACUGCGCUAUGCUCUCUCCCUAUAUACACAGACCACAGAUGCUCUUAUCAAGGCGUUUGUGACAACACAACAUGCUCAGGUUCAAAAUGGUAUGGGCAUCAGGAUCACCCCCAAGGAGAACGUUCGACCUGACAGAGGCUCUGGGAUUGAGCGGCUGAUUGGGGAGGCGGUGAUUCAGCUGGAUUUGUCGCCCCCCGCUGGGAACACUGAGCAAAAACUCGGUGUCAGAGUGAUUGCAGUAAAUGACAUGAAAUGGCAGACCUCAGGGAUGUUUCGUCCAUUUGUGGAAGUUAACCUGGUCGGCCCACAGCUCACAGAGAAGAAACGAAAGUUAGAAACAGAUAGUUAA